AUGACCCUGUGCUCGCUCAAGACCGAGGCCCCGGACGACGGGCCGAGCCAACAGCGCCAGGAAGAGCCCAACGGCACCGCGAGAUGCAUCUCCGGGGUGUUUGCGGCACACGGCAAGCUCAGGCGGCUCCUCGGCACCCUCGUUCAAUUCGCCAUGGACAUGUCCCCGGAGGUCGGCGACAGCGUCCGCAGUCUGGUCCUCGGCUUGCUGAGCGGCUCCAUGUCCGCGGAAGAGUUUCACUCGGCCCUGCAGGACGCGACGAAUUUCCCGCUGCGGGGCUUCGUCCUGCCGUACCUUAAGCACUGCCUGCCGUCGUUACAGCGGGACUUGAACGCAGCUGCCCGGGCGGACAAUCAGAGUUGCGCUCAGUAUCUGCGCUCAAACGAGCCGGCGGUGCUGGAGGCCGUGGGACUGGGCAGUGGCGGGGCAAGCGGUGCCGAGGGAAGCGUCGAGUUUUUCGCCGAGCACGCGAGCAGUGGACCACCGGCAGCAACACCCAAGCACCACUAUCCCGCCAUGAGAUCGGCUGGGACGACGGCGCACACGCCGGCCACCGCUGGACCGCAAUUGGCUUACAGUCACGCGAGCAAGAGACGGGCGUCCGAGGCGCUGUGA